GAAAAAAAUACAUUAUAAUAAUUAACUGUUAAAAAAAAAAAACGAUCACUGAAAAUCCAUUUUUUAAAUUGCCGCGCAGAACUACGAUAUCACUGAGCUAAUCAAAAUAGCGACUAAUAACCCAUAAAAAUAGAAUAAAAAUGAGCAAUUUAUGUUAUCGAAGACAUUAGAAAAUCGUAGCAUAAUAAGCACAAACGUUAUCGAGAAUUAGUUUGGCAAAAAAUGCAGAAAAAAAAUCGCUAAUUUGACGCGAGUUGUGAGGAAGAAGGCCGCGACGUGGCCAUUUUGGCUGGUGCUAGGUGUGCUGUGGCCGUGGGUGAGCAUAUCGGAUCGCUCGCGUUUUCUGUGGUAAAAUAAUUGGCGUCGCGCGCGCGAAAGACAAUUAAAAAAAUCCUCCUCGCGCACGCGACCCACCACCUCUCAACAAAUCUUCGUGUGUCCACGUGCGGCUGCUCUGAGCCGUGCAAUAUCAAAGAGAAAAGAAACGAGCGCAAGACGAUCGAGGACCCAACACGACGACGCCCAGACACGAGCACCUUCAUUGAUUGUCGCAGCACCUCAUCUCGUUCCCCCACAGAGAGAGAUUCGAGAGUGAGAGAAAAAGAAAGAGACAGACACACGGUCGAAGCGUCAGUAACGCAAGGAACGAGCGAGCUGAAGUUGGCGUUGUUUCGCACGUAGUCGAACCGAUAUAUGUUGAUCGGUCGGCAGCGUCGAGAUCUAUCGAGCGGCCGUAGUAGUGUGACGAAGUUGGCCGAGGACGUGGUGGCUGCUGGUGCUACGACGUCGUCGACCUCGUCGUCGUCCAUCUGCAGCAGCGGUCCUGCGGUUAGUCUCCUGCGUGAACUUAAAUGGCCCGACGAACGAUGGUACUUCACCAAGGAGCAGCUGGCCAACUCACCGAGCCGCCGUUGCGGCAUCGACGGCGACAAGGAACUAAGCUACAGGCAACAGGCCGCCAACUUUAUCCAGGACAUGGGCCAGCGCCUCACUGUGUCUCAAUUAUGCAUAAACACAGCUAUAGUGUAUAUGCACAGAUUCUACGUUUUCCACUCGCUGACACACUUCCAUAGAAAUGCCAUUGCUGCAGCAGCUCUGUUUCUAGCUGCAAAAGUAGAAGAGCAGCCAAGGAAACUUGAGCACGUUAUCAAAGUCGCGCACAUGUGUCUUCAUAGGGAUGCACCACUACUUGACACCAAGACGGAUCAAUACUUAGAUCAAGCUGCAGAUCUAGUAUUUAAUGAAAAUGUCUUGCUGCAAACAUUGGCCUUUGAUGUGGCCAUUGAUCACCCACAUACACAUGUUGUCAGGUGCUGCCAUUUAGUAAAAGCUAGCAAGGACUUGGCUCAAACAUCGUACUUCAUGGCAUCAAACAGUUUACACCUGACCACGAUGUGUCUGCAAUACAAACCAACAGUAGUGGCUUGUUUCUGCAUUCAUCUGGCUUGUAAAUGGUCUAACUGGGAGAUACCAAUGAGCAAUGAAGGCAAAGAUUGGUUUUGGUACGUUGACAGAAGUGUUACGUGGGCCCAACUUUCACAGUUAACAGCAGAGUUUUUACACAUUUUCGAUAAGUGUCCUUCAAGGCUCAGACGAAAAAUCCGCAGCAUAUCGGCUAAUCAGAGCCCAAACAUGCCUCAUCCUGUGAAUUCUCCUUUUGAGUCGGAACCUCGCAAAGUGCAAUCGCCUGUUCACGCUGACGGGAUCAAUUUCACUUCUAGUAGACCGUUCAAGACUGAAGAAACAGAUGGUAACAAAGCCAAGCCAAGCACCUCUUCUGGCCGCACGACUGUUGGUCUGGAUGAUUACCGUGAGAAACGCGAACGUAUGAAUAUGGAGCGAGAGAAAGCAGCCGCGAGAGCAUCGACGUCUGCGAUGAAUGCCGUUCCUGACCGUCAUCACACAUCAUCGCAUCAUCACAAGAUGGGUGCGUCCAACAUGCCAAACAAACAUUCGACCUCAUCGAGCAAUGCUAGACCAAAUGUGCACCACAAUAAUCACCACAACUCGCGGCAUGAUGUGAAGCAGCAGAUGGUAGCUCAGAGACAUUCGAGUAGUGGCAACAAUCAGUCUCGGGAUCCUAACAGAGACCGACAGCGAAUGCCAACUGGCUAUCAUUCAAAUAGCUCGCAUACUUCCGAUCAGGAUGCUAUCAAUUUCAACAACACCAUCGAGCCAUCGACCGUCCAUCCGCCUGAGAAACUUAUCAAUAGUCUCCCGCACAACAAUCGAACGAUGGAUCCUAGGCACAACAAACAACAACUGAUGAAAGACACCAAGCUUUAUAGCAAAUACUCUUCUGAUUCGAGAAUAGCUCGGAAGCCCGACAUUCUUGAGCAGAGAAGUGAGGAGGUGAGGAAACUCAUAGAGAAGCCAUUGCCUCCGCCGAAACCCAGGGCCGAGCAAAUUAAGGAGGAGUAUGCAGCAAUGAUGCUGAAGAAGUCACAUCAGCCUCCGAAGUAUGGCCAUCAACCGGAAAAGCCUCUGCCAAAUUCAAAUUCUGCUGCCAUGGCCGACUCGUCGAAGAUGUUGAAUGUUAGUCAGAAUGCCUUCACAGUCGACAAGUCUCCGAACGCUCCAGUCUCCGCGUCGCAAGUCUCGCACAAGUCGCAAAUGGUGCCGAUGAAGAACGGCAGUUCUUCCUCGUCCUUCAGUCUUGGAACCUUCGACGACUCCAAAUCUGAGAAGAGGCCAAAGGCACACGAGCAACCCGAUCCACCAGUCAAACAACACAGAUCGCUGUUUAGUCCGGAAAAAACAAUCCCACCGCCUUCACAGCAGCAGCAGAGAUCGAAACUCAAACCAAAGGCGGCCCCCGAGCCGAACGUUGAUAUGUUGACUUUCUCUAGUUCCAACUCGACACCACAACUCAACUCAGAUCUAUCUCAACAGCAACUGCAGCAGCAAAGGUUAACGAAUCACGCGUCACAUCAGAAACAGCAGCUUCGUACCACCGUGGAUCAAGAUCAACGAAUGCAGAUUCUCGAACAACACUCACGAAAAUUCAUCUCUAGCUUCAGCGACGCCGUGACGACUGGCAGUAAUCGGUUACUCGACUUGGGGAAAUCAAUGACAGACGACAAAAACUUAGUACCUAAUCUCGAGGAUGCAAAGCAACCACCUCCGGAUAUGGUCAAACCUCUCGCAGAUUCUACUUUAUCGAAUCAACGGUAUAAGCAGCAGCAGCCGUCAACGCAGCAACAGCAGCAAUACCAUCAUGGAUUAAGCAAUGGAUUAGAGUCAAGCUAUUCGAAGCACGAAUACUCGACGAUUGACCCAUCAAAUUUCUUGAUCAAAGCCGAACAGCUGCCGGAACAGCUGUUGGCACAUGAAGAACCAACACUAUCGAAGCUCGAUAACUUCAUGUUCCAGAGUUCGAUGUCUAAUGAGCUGGAUCUCAGUAACAGCAUCAAGCGAGAUAGUUUCUCACCGCUUAAAUCGGCCCAGAGCAUCAGUGCUCUCCUUCAGGAACCCCUCGCUCCCAUGCCCUCGUUGCUCCAGCAAGUCUCAAGCUACGAGCAUCAACAGCAUCAACCUCUACCUGAGCAGAAGGUUGAAGCUUCUUCGUUACCCUCGACUGUCGACAUGAGCGAACUCGUAGCUCCGAUACAGUGCGACGUCGAGGUGCCGGCCGUCAAAGUCGAAGUACCGUCGUCCGAGGGCAAGGACAAGAAGGACAAAGAGCAUCGCAGCAAAUCCGAGAAGAAGAAGAAGAAGGAGAAGCACAGGCAUAAAGAUAAAGACAAAUCAAAGGAAAAACACAAGCACAAACACAAGGAUAAGGAUAAGGAGAAGCAUCGGCGAGACAAGUCGUCGAAAGAGAAAGAUAAGACUGACGAGGGUAAUGGCCAGGCGAGUAGCGCCAAUAGUGGCAACAGCCUCGGCUCUCUCAGCGCCAUACCUAUCAAAAUCACUAUUCCCAAGGACAAGCUCAACCUCAGCACCGAGUCCAUUGGUUCGUCAACCGCGAGCGGCAUCAACAGCGCCUCUUCGGCGAGCAACAACAGCAGCAGUAGCAGCUUGAAGAUAAAAAUUCCCAAGGAGCGACUCAAGGGUACCAUCUCGCCAUCACAACAGCAGCUGCAACAGCAAAUACCAAUUGCGGGUCAAUUACCUUCGGCUCAUGCCGCGCCACCUCUAAAGCUCAAAAUCCGUAAGGAGACGCUAGAUGCCCAGCAGCAGCAACCUUCUUCGCAGCAACACCUGCUGCAGCAACAUCCGGAAGUUACCAAUAGGAAGCGCGAGCGCAGCGAUGAAGGCAGUUUGCCCGCGGCGAAGAAGCACCAGCAGCAGCGGUCAAACAACAACGAGCGGCAAAACGGCCGACAUGCCUACCCCUCGAACAGCACAAACAAGCCGGACCGAUAUUACGAGGGCGUCGAGCUUUUAACUGAUUCGGGUGACGUCGUCGAGGGACUCACGAAGAAUUUUGUACCCACGAGCUACGGAUGAUCGAAUGACAUACUCGUGAAACGCUACGUUCACACUCCGACGAGAUACAGAGAAAGAACAGAGAAUAAGAACGAGAUCAAACACACACAAAUACGAAACGUUACUGUAACGUUGUAACAGCAGUCAGGAUAGAAAAAAUCUAUAUUCGCAAACUUACACGGUUUCGACUCAUGUGAUCAACCAGAGGCAGACAAAUAACAAAAAUCCUAUCUCGUAAGACGACUUAAGUUGUAAGCAAAUGUUGUUGCGCCUGCUGCCAAUUCCGCUUAGCUGCGGAUGUGAUUGUAUUACACGUACACAUACACACACGCACGAAAGAAAGAAUCAUCUUACGGGCGCAUUCCGUAGAAAGUUCGAGAAAGAGUGUAAUGAGUGUGCGAGUGAGCGUUGCCUUGUGCUUUGCGCGACGAAGCCGAUUAAUCUGCUCGUCGCGCGUCAUUUCUGUUGUUACGUGCGACUGUAGCUCGCCGAACAGUUUACCGAAAUAGCAAGUUUGGCACACUAAAUCAAUUUUUAGCAAAUAAAAUGAAACGAUAAAUAAAUCAUCUUUCAAAGUUCUUCGAUUAAUUUCUUGCUUUUUCAGAUAAACGUGCUAAAUCAACGAAUAGAAUUGCUAUUCUAAGCAUAUAAAAUGUUUUUUUUCUUACGUGUAACGUGUAAAACUAUCGCUAAGCAAAAAAAAAAAGAAAAAACAGAUUAUUCGAAAUAACAAAUACUUGUACUUUUUACCCUACCGACGUUGAGUACUUAACAAACUUUUUUCUUAAAUUGAUGGUUUAUAUUAAACUAGCUUACGAUUAUCACGUGCACAACAUUGAAAGGGUAAAAGCUGCAUUGUUCUAUUCACCAUUUAUAAAUGAACCAAAAUACUACACGCAAACAACUUUACAGGUCGUUCACUUAAACGUUUGAAAAAACAAUUAUCUUUAAUUUCUAUAUACAUAAGUUUAUUGUAUGUAUAUAUAAAAUAAUAUCUUGUCAUUCGUCUUAAGAACUGAUAAUCACUCAUAUAAUUCAAAUAUCUGACCUUUUAAAGUAAAGAAAAAAUAAUCGUAAAAGCAUUUUUUUAUUGUUGCUAUAGAAUUAACUUUUUGACUGACUGCAGAGGACUAUCACAAUAUUAAUAAAUUCAUAUAUAUUAGAUGAAUACAAGUAAUAAUGUCCACGAUUUGAUUUUAAAGGGCAAAUAAUAUACGCCACAAAGAUAAAUAAUACAUUUAUUUUUUAUGAGGAGAAUAAAUAUGAUUAAAUUUGUGUUUGAUACAUAGCAACCGUAGAGUAGAAAUGAGAAAAGAAAAUUUGCCAAGAGAUGUAAUCCAUUUUUCGGCUAUUCAAUAGAUACUAAACUAGAUGUUGAAAAAUGAAAGAAUAAAACACUCAAAGAUUCAGUGUAAAACUGUUCGAAAAGUCGUUUAUCUCAUUUCAGAGCGGCCUACAAAAUAAAAUUAAAAAGACGAUUUUCAUGAUAUUUUUUGUACGAUUACUGUAACAUCAUUUCUUUUUCGCUUUUAGAAUGACCGAAUUGUUAUAUUUAUAAGAAGUUAUGUAAAAAAUAAUUAGAACACUGUAUGUACAUAACUUUACUCGACGUAAAGGAAAUUCACACCACGUCAAGUAACAGAACUUGGAAUGUUGAAUGAGUGAACCGAAGGAGAAACGAACUAUCAAUUGUGAUCGAAUUACAUUUUUUCACUGCUAAUAGUAGCAAGCAUUAAUACUGAAAAAAACACUGGAAACUGUAAAUAAAACAAUUAAGCUAGCGUAUAAGUCAUAUAGUUUAUUAUAACCCAACUUUCGCGAUCUGUAAAUCAAUAAAAUAAUCGCGUGAAGUGAAUCUUUUACGUUUAGGAGAGAUUUUAGGGAUACGAGAAAAAAAGAAAUGGAACUUUGGAAUUUAUCAUGAUGUGUAAAAGUGUAAAAGACAAGUGUGAUAGCGAGUAGGCGUUAGAAAGUUUAGGAAAACUAAAUUAAAAAAACCAAAUAGGAGGCGAUGACUUUUUACUUUUGCGAAUCUCGACAGCAAGAUAUAAAAGUAUAGCUUCGUUUCCCUAUGAUAAAUGCGCCGAAAUAAAUACAAUAUGUAAAUUAGUUGAAUACGAAGUGUAAAGUAUGACCCUUUCACAAAACAUACAAAAAAAUUAAAAUAACGAAACGCAAAAAAAUAAACGAAAAGUUGGCAAACGACGAUCUCUUUUCUCUUCGCGGGUUCUCUUUUGAGAUUUAUUUUCAUAAGUAUGCAGGAAACCUACAUAGACGUUCAAAGAAAAAUUGCAAAUUUGAGAGGAAGAUCAGAGACAAGAGAAUCGCCGUUAUCUUGUUUUACGAAAGUGUACAGGAUAUUUUAACAGUGAUCAUACUGAGAGGAAAAUAUAAAAAAAAAAUGCGUUUGAAACUGACAAGUUUAAUGGAGGAAAAAAUAUUUAUAUCUAGCAUGCUAAUAAUUAAUUUAGCGAAUUGAACUUCUCGGUGCGUUGCGACUUUGAAAUUGUAAAUCCAAGGGCCAAUCAGCCGAAAUAGGUUUUAUUUAUAUUAUUUUAUUAUUAUAAGUAAAUUAGCAUCUGAUUAUUUUUUCUGUAGUCAAUCUCUUUAUUCGCGAAUUAUCGUACAGUUCGCUAGUGCGUUCUACUUUUUUUUUAAGUACGUAGAAGCAAGUAAUACUUGUAAAACGUGUAGGCAAGUCCAAAUUGAUGAAAAAAGCUAUGUAAUCGAUGGCAAUUGAGUUGUGUUUGCGUGCGAAAGCGAUAAAACUGAAAAGACGAAAAACGGCAAAAGUAUGAAGUAUGUACUUUAGCAGAGUAGACUUAAUGUUACUUGUUAACUCUUUGGAUGCUUUAUUAUAUAAAUUACUGGCAUAAUAGUAUCUUCUGUUUAACGAUUUUUGUAUAACUUAACUAAUGCAUAAUAAGUUCACUUAAUCUAGAGUAACACAUAUGAUACAUCAUUUGAUUAUUGUUCAUAGCGACAAUGAGUUAAUGUGUCACGUACUGUCAUGUAAAAGUCAUCUUUAGAGCUAAUGAGAACGUUAAAUUUUUCGAUUAAACAAACUGCUGAUUAAAAAAAAUUAUAAAAUAAAAAAAUACACAACACAAAAUAAAUCGUAAUUUUAUAAAUGUAUGUAUGUUCGUUAUUUAAGUGUAUUUAUUAUCGCAACCAAUUCGUAAUUUACUACACGAAACGUAAAUAUACGAUUUUAAAAGGCUGCAAUAAUUUUUUUUGCUUGUGUCUGAAUUCGUGAAUAUAAUUACUUAGAAUAUUAUUCCUUCGAAAAAUUGUGAAAAUGUAAUUCAAUUGCAAUUGAAGAGCAUCUUGGCCACUGAAGGGACCGUCGACAAAUUUUUUCAGAGAAGUAAUCGAUUGUUAAAUAACAAAUUCGCUACUCUCUAGCAAACUGCCGAGAAACUAUACUAUUAUAUGAGAUCAUUUUUUACUUUAAAGACUUUUAUACUACCCACCUACUCGGAUGCAAGUAACUGUCAAUAAAUUUUAUUAUGCAAGUUGCAUUUAGUAGAAUUAAAUUGCAUUCGGUGAAAUUUGCAAGCAAUUAGGCAUCAUAUCGUAUCAAUUGUAAAGAUAGAAAUAGAACAAAAUCAAUAUUUUCUCUACGUAUCGAUGUGACAAUGAUACCAAUAAAAUAUUAUAUUCAUUGAAAAAACUGAAUUAAUGUUUUCAAGAAGUGCAGUAGUUUCAUGCUGCUUUCUGCCGACGGUCCUCUGUAAUGAAUAUGCGCCUUCAACACGAAAAAUGUAAUGAAUACCUGCGUUUAUUUGUGAUAUGCAAUGUCGGCAACAAGAGCCAGGUACAACAAACAAAAGUACACGCGCGCUUGUUUGCACGAACGGGAGUAAAUGAGAGAUUACGAGAUAGUAAAAGAGUACACAGAAACUCGGCCAAUUUAUGGAAACUUCUGUUAAACGCCCACAUGUUCAGGCGAGCAAAAAGUAGUGGGCCAAAGCCUGUGGCAAUGUAAAUAUUAUAAAUAUAAAGAAAGAUCGAGCAAGGUAAAAGCAAGCAAAAUAAGCGGAUGAAAAAAGUACCUAUGAUACUAAUGCUUUUGUGAAAUAAAAAAUAAACGACGAAAAAAAAUACAAAUUAUUGAUAAAGGACACAGUGUUCUUGUUUGUUCCUCCAUUUGCUCAUGCCGUUAGAUAAUUAAUCUCUACUAUUAUGUACCUGUAAAUAUCAAUAAAUUAAUAUUGUA